AAAGACUGUUCCAGGGAAAUCUUGGGGCUUUAAACCCAAAAAUUCCCCUCAGGGAGGUGCAAGGAAUCUGCUCUCAGGUGUUUUUUGAGGUGCAGAAAGGUUUGCUUCCUUCUUGCUCUUCAGUCCAGGACAGAGGCAGGUCAGGAAAGUGGGAAAUCAGACAGGGAAUGGGGUUGGUUCUGCAGUACCAGGAAGGAGAAGCUUCUAAAAUACACUGAACAGAUUUUCAUUCUAUUAUUUAUCUUCCCUUAAAAUAUAUAAAGUUUAUGUUGCUUUUGGUCAUGUUUUUCCUGACCCUCAGCUACUGUAUCUGUAAUUAUUUUAUUUAAUUUAAUUUUUUACAAAAUGGGUUCGAAAUCUCUUAAUACAAGCAUUUCACUGGGGAAAAAAGUGUUUAAAGUUCUCAUCAACUUGGAUCAGAGGCCUGCUGAGUGCACCAGAGUUACUCAUUUUUAUUCAGAUUUUCUGGGGUGAAUUUAGGUGAUUUUUGCUUAGCACUCAGAUUGCCACUUUAAAAUUAAAGAGAAAAGGUGUUUAAUUAACUUUGUUUUAUAAUUAAAUUACCUUUAUGGAACUUUUAAGAUUUUUUUCGUUGGGGUUUUUGUGGGGGUUUUGGUUGAUUUUUUUUUUUUGUUGUUAUUGUUGUUAAUUGUUUUAAAGUUUUGCUUUAUUCCCAUUCCUUAAACAAGAGCCAUUCAAAUUCUGAACAGGAAUAUGGAAAUAUGGAAACCCAGAUGUGGAAUAUGGAAAACUGCUGAGCUGAUUUAGUUUAAAGGAACUCAAUCUGAAGGGAUAUUUUCUUUUUUUCCCCCCAAGCUGGUGGAUGUAGGAAUGUUGAGUUCUAGGUGUGUCUCACUUCCCAAGGAAAGGAAAUGCCACCUUCCAGCCUGGGAAUUCCUUGUGAUUUGUGUGUGAAUGCCUUUGCUCAGCCAAGCCAUGGCCCUUAAUUACCAUCGAUUGAAGUGUUGCCUUGUGCAAACCGAAGAAUUGGGCCUUGAAAUUUAAUCUAAAACUCCCAAAAGCAAAACCCUUGGAAGGAAAAAUGUGUCUCCUUGAACCUCCACACAGUAGGAGCUCCGGGAAUUUUUAGAAUUAGAUUCCAAGGAACCUGGAUGACACAGAGUCUGUUUUUGAAGGUGCUAAAGGUCAAGAGUGAAUAAUCCCAUGGAUAUGGAAGAAGGGAAGGAAACCCUGCACUUAAACUCCUGUUUUAUUCCCUUUAUCAAGCAGUCAAAAAACAAUAACACGUAUGAGAACCCAACUUUUCCUCUCUUUAUUUUAGAUUUGGGAAAAUUCCUUGCCAAAAAAAAAAAGCAAAACCCUGGAAAAUUCACUAGUGUUUGUGUGAGUAAAAGGUUCCAACCAUUUAUUACUGAUUUGUAAGAACAGUUUCAUUCAGUUUUGUCCCCAAGAAUCUGAAGUCCUUUUGCACAGGAAUGUGCAGUGAAAGGGGUAAAUCACUUUUAUUUGAAUUUUAGCUGGUCUGGUUGCAGGUCAAAAAACGAGAAUCCUAAAAAUCUUAAUUUUAUAAGAAUAUAAAACUAAGUGCAUGACUUCACAUUAAAAAAAAAAAAAACGCUGUAGCUCAAGAAAUCGGGUUCUGGUGGCACCAAAAAAUCAUCAGCUGGAUUGGACCUGAGCCAUUUCCCAGUGAUCUUGCAGCGAUGGAUGGUGAUGGAUACAUGGAUUAGGGAACAGCAAAUUGGUAGCAUGUGAUGGAAAACCAAAUUAUUUCCCCAAAUCCAAGCGGUUCACAACCCCUGGUUCCAUGCAGCCAUGCCACUCCCACCGGGGGCACUGCCCUGCUCCCCAAGGCUUGCUGUGUCCUUGGUCUGCUUUAUCCUUCCUGCUGCUGACCUGUCUGCUGAGGGUUAGAGCCAGUCAUGCCCCUGGGUGGGUGUGUUUGUCCCUGGGUGGGUGUGUUUGUCACUGGGUGGAUGUUUUUGUUCCUGGAUGGAUGUGUUUGUCCCGUGUGCAUGGAGGGAUGUUUGUGUGCUGCCCCCAAAAUCCCCAUCCCUACUAACCCCUGGCAGCAUCACCCCUGACUCCUCUCCAGGCAUUACAGAGAUAUUUCAUUUUUUCCCCCCCAGUUUUCUCCAAAUGAGAGGCUUUGCCUGCAGUUUGCUGUGGCAAAAUAGCCAGAAAUUCUCAUUUUUGCUCUCGCUCUCACUUUGUUCUCCCUCCUCUGGCGUGUGUAUAAACACAUCUGUGCAUGUGGGUUUAUACACACAAAUGUGGGGUUUUCUGUACAGGUAAUAAAGAUGGGGGAAGGUUUUUGUGUUUUCUUAAUAGGUGAAGAAAUCUUGGAAGACCAGAAAUUGCAACUUACUGAAUGUUAAAUUAUUAAAAAAAAAAAAAAAAAAAAAAAAAAAAAUUAGCAAUUGCCCGGCUGUGGAAGAUGGAGCCUCAUUUUUGCAGCCACUUUGAAUCCCAAGUUCAUCUUUAAAUGCGCUGGGGCUUCUUUUGGUGGUUUUUUUGGUGGUUUUUUGGAAGAGCUAAGUAACCCUGGCUGUCUCCAGGCUGACAGUGUUCCAAUGGACUUGCUUCCUCCAUUAGUUGUAAGAUGUUUAAGAGCACAUCCUAAGUUUGAAUUGUGGAUGAGAGGUUCCCUUGGCAAUGUGAGAAGGAAAAUUCUUUCUACCCCUUUGUUAUUAAUUCAUGGACUCAAGUGUUGGUUCGGCCUACAGGAGAAGGGAACUGGAUGUCUGGGAAGAUCAAAGUCUGUGCUGAAGUUGUCCAGGGUUACUUUUAAAAAGAAGAUUUCACUGCUAAGCCAGUAGAAGACUUUGAGUCCCAGAAAAGUGAAGCCAGUUCUUGCCAAGUCUGGAGGAAGACCCUGAGAGCAAACCCUGAGAGCUCAUUCCAGCAAUUUAUCCAUUAUGUCUAACCAGGGAGACGACUGCUACUUCUACUUCUAUUCCACGUGCAACAAGGGAGACAGCUGUGCCUUCCGCCACUGUGAGGCUGCUCUGGGAAGUGAGACCGUCUGCACCCUCUGGCAGGAGGGUCGUUGUUUCAGGAACGUCUGCAGGUUCAGACACAUGGAGAUCGAUAAAAAGCGGAGCGAGAUCGCCUGUUACUGGGAGAACCAGCCCGGGGGCUGCCAGAAGUCCAACUGUGCUUUCCAUCACACCAAAGGCCGUUAUGUCGAUGGGCUCUUCCUACCCCCCAGCAAAACCACACUCCCAAGUCCACCUGAGUCUGCAGAAGACGAUGUGAAAAUGGCUCAGAUGUCACUGCAGCAAAACAAACUCUCUGUGCAGUCCAACCCCUCCCCACAGCUGAGGGGGGUGAUGAAAGUGGAGAACUCAGAAAAUGUCCCGAGUCCUACACACCCUCCAGUUGUCAUCAAUGCUGCAGAUGAUGAUGAAGAUGAUGAUGACCAGCUCUCUGAAGAAGGAGAAGAAACUAAAACACCUGUCCAGCAGCCAGCCACAGAAGCCCAUAAUGGAUUGAGGUUGAUUUCCACUAGGAAAUCCAAUGCUAAUACAAAGCAAGAUGACAAUUUAAAUUUCGGAAUAAAAACACUCGAAGAAAUCAAACUGAAGAAACUGAAGGAAAAAGCCAAAAAACAAGGUGAAGGUCCCUCAGGAGUUGCUGUUGAUCCACUCCAGGCUCGGACAAUUCCUGUGCCAGAGAAGGAAAACGUAAGGACAGUGCUGAGAACUGUGACUCUGUCCUCAAAGGAAGGUGAGGAUCCUGUGAUCCAGCUGAAUCUUCCUGACAGACUGGGAAAACGGAAAACUCUCAUAGCUGGUAAAACCUUCCUUCCUCUGAGGCGUAACGUUGCUGACAGGCUGGGCAGGAAGACAGAGCUGCUGGAGAAUGCUGAGAAAGCCCCCAGGAGAGGCACAGUUCAAGUGCUGAAGUCCCUGAGGGAGAGGCUGGGACAGCCCUCUGACCAGAGCAGUACAGAGACAGAGAAGGCUGCCAAGCCCAUCGAAGAGAUCCGGGUGAAGACCCUGGAGGAGAUUCGCCUGGAGAGGGCGAGCCAGAGGCGGGGGGAGCCCCCGGCCAAGGCCCCCGGCGAGACCCGGAGGGCGGAGGAGCCCAGCCCAGGGACCAGACCUGCCCCCCCCGUCCGCAUCAAAUCCCUCCCAGGAGCCCUGGCUGAGAAGAACCACAAGAGGUUGGAGGAAGAGAAGGAAAAACCGGAGGAGUUUCCUGCCAAGCCAAAAGCCGAGGGAGAGCCCAGGAGGAGCGUUCCUGCUCCGGCUGUGCCUGGCAGGGUGCAGCUGGCAGAGCCAGGGAGAGCCAAGCUGGCGGGAGAAGUGAGGAUCAAAACCUUGGAGGAGAUCAAGAGGGAGAAAGCUCUGAGGAUGCAGCAGAGCGGGGAGAACGUGCCCGCUCCUCCUGCACAGCCCGAGCCUGCCCUCAGAGGGAGGAAACUGCUGCGGGUCACAAAGCUCAUAGCACCUGGAAGAGAAGAAAAAAUGAUAGUGGAAUUGAACAAACCUUCUCCAAAAACUGUCUCUGCACCUGCAGAGCCCUCUGGUCAGAGUGCAGCUAAUUCCACAGUGCAGGUGAAGAGCCUGGAGGAGAUCAUGUGGGAGAAGCGGCAGCUGAAGCAACGCCAGGAGAAGCUUCAGAAGGAAGCAGCUGCUGUGCCAACCCCAGUGGAGAAACCAGCCAAGGAUAAAACUCCCCCAUCAGGGAGCCCUGAAUCCACCGUGGUUUCAGGACCAGCUUAUCAGCUUGGGAGGAGGAAACUGGUGAAGCCUCAGGAGGACAGGGUGGGAAGCCCAGAGAAGGACCCCGCAGUGUCCCCAGGGAAAAAGGCAGCCCAGCCUCCGGAACGGAAAGCUAAAACCAAAUCCAAGGUGUGCCUGAAGCCUUUGGAUGGGAGAGCCACGUCCUCCCCGAGGCAGGCCCUGAAACGCAAGGCCACCGAGAGCCACCCCACUGCCGUGGUGGCCGUGAAGCCCCUCAGUGCCACCGGUGGGGACACCAAGGAGCCCUCAGCCAAGAAAGCAGCUGCGGCCGUGGCUCCUGCUUUGCCAGAGGACAGCCUGGUCUCCAUACCUCGGAGGGAAAAACCUCAAACCAGCCCUGAGCUCCACCUCGGGAGCCAGGCAGACUCCCUGGCACAGUCAGAGGUCUCCAGCUCAACUUCAGCUUCCUCAGAAGUGCCGGUGAAGCUGCGCCGGCUGAGCUCCACGGGCUCUGCCAAAGCACCUCUGUCGGUGGAAGACGACUUUGAGAAGCUCAUUUGGGAGAUCUCAGGAGGCAAACUGGAAGCAGAGAUUGACCUGGACCCAGGGAAGGACGAGGAUGACCUCCUUCUGGAACUUUCGGAGAUGAUUGACAGCUGAACUGCACAGUCUUAAAAAAAAAAAAAAAUAAAAAAAAGACAAAAAAACCCAACACCAAAAAAACCCCCCAUAAACUUCCCCCCUACACAACCCCCCAGCCUGUAUAUUUUGUUGGAUACGUGGAGGUGAUCCUUUCCUAGCUGAGGCUGAAGGCACAGUUGGAUGGGUAGGAUUAGGCAGGAUCUGCACUCAGUUGUCCUGGAUUUCCCUGGGACUGUUGGUGGCUCCUUCCACACGGAGUGGACAAAGCACUUGUGGUUUUUUUCUGGGGACACAAGAGAACCCAUCUCCAGACUGUGGUGGUUGUGAACUGAUCUGCUCAUUCUGUGACACUCCGAAGGCUUCAAACAAAAGCUUCCACCUUCCCCCCUCCCUGGCGCGACCCAACGUUCAGCACAUUUCAGCGCUUCGUGUUCGGAUCCCGUGGACAGUUGGUACCCAAAGCCUGGAGUUACUAUGUCAACUCUUGAGUUUUACUGCUGUACGCUGUCAUUUUGACUUUAAUUAGGGGAAUUAAUGACAAUGCUGGGGGGAGGGAGCAGAUUAAUUAGUAUUUCGGACCAAACACGCUGCCAAGGGCGGUGGCUGGGGUGUGUCCAUCCAGCCUUACUUUGAAUUAUCAGGGUGCUUUUUCCCGAUGGGAACAGGAUCCUGGGGUGGGCAGCCAGGAUUCCUCUCGUCGUCUGCAGUGAAUUGGGAAAGGAAGGAUUGGUUUAAGUGCCUCUUGGUUCCAAGGAUUGCUCCCCUGAGCUGCCGAUCCUUCAUCCUGCUGAAGGAAUUCCUCACGCCGUGACGUCUGCCAGCAUCUGUCUCACAUGCCCAUGGAAUGACUCUGGGAGAGAGGAAGAGGGCAAUGGAAGGUUUCCUCCUCCUCUGUCAGCCCGUGGAGGCGGGAUUUUGGUGUAUACCAUGGUUUCUGUAAAUAUUUUAUUCUUCCAUUUUAUAUUUGUAUUCUAUUUAAGGUAUUAAACGUAGGCUGGUCACCUCUGCCCGCCCCGCUCGUGUCUGUACAGACCUCCUGGUUCUGGUUUCUAUGUGUAUUUUAUUUAAGGAAUUGUAUUAAACACCGUCUGGUCGCCUC